UGUGGCACCCCCAUCACGUUCUUUCGAACCUCUUUGUCGGUUAUAACGUUGACAGGAAUAACAAAAGUCAAAAAUAGCCACGAAACAUUGUCUUGUAUCUUUGUACCUACUUAUAUCGCACUGUGCUAUUGCUAAUUCUAAGUAAGUACACAAGUCAAGUUUGUUCAUGGUUUAGUCGUAUUAUUUUAGGCCUGUUAACAGGUAGGACUCAAAACGCUUCUUUCAACCUGUGACGAAUCUGGUUAUUGUCGUCCAAGAUUACCGAACACCCCACGGCGCGGCCGUAGCUUCUCGUCCUAACAGUCCGUAAGAAAAGUGAAAAUUGAUUUCACGUACGUCACUCACACCAUACACAUUACUAGCCGUCGAAAUGGGAAACGCCAAAAUAUUGGAACCAUCCAUUCGAUUCACGUCAUGCCCGUUAGGUGCAAAGAGAAAUUAAAUACCUUGGCGAUAAGUGUCAUGAACAUGUGGCCAGGAGUGAAAUUGAGGGUUACUGAAGGCUGGGAUGAAGAAGAUCAUCACACGAGCGAUUCGUUGCACUACGAAGGACGAGCGGUAGACGUAACGACAUCUGACCGCGACAGAUCGAAAUACGGCAUGCUCGCGAGACUCGCGGUCGAAGCAGGCUUCGACUGGGUCUAUUACGAAAGUCGAGCUCAUAUUCAUUGCUCAGUUAAGUCAGAAUCUUCUCAAGCUGCCAAAUAUGGAGGUUGUUUCUCUGGAGAUACAUCAGUGAUAACAACGAACGGAAGACGUCGUAAGCUAUCAGAACUUCGAAUAGGGGAAUCGGUGUUAUCGUGGGAUUCUAAUACAAACCGAUUUGUGUUCAGUGAGGUGCUAAUGUUUUUGGAUUGGGAUCCGAUGCAGAGGCGACCUUUUCUACAAAUAAAGACUGUUUCCGGUCGGACUCUAACAGUGACACCGUCACAUUUGCUUUUAACGACGUUCUCCAACGACACGAGGAUAGUGUUUGCGGAAAGAUUACGUGUUGGUGAUAAACUUAUAGUAAUAAACGAAAAAAACUCUUUAAUUAAUGAAAAAAUUGUGAGUAUCAGGCCGAUAAUUAAACGGGGAGUUUUCGCCCCUCUAACAACCACCGGUACCAUUAUAGUAAAUGAUGUUGUCGCAUCCUGUUACGCAGUUAUAGAUAGUCAAUCGAUAGCCCAUUGGGCAUUUUUACCUUUCCGAUUAGCUUUAAAUGCAAAAGAUGGCUUCGCAAGGAUAUGGAGUUUAUUAGCAAAACCGAUCGAAGGAUGGAAAGACACUUCCGCAACAGUUACAAAAACAACCCUACCCACGCCUGGGAUUCAUUGGUAUGCCACAAGUUUAUAUAAUGUCGCUAAAUAUAUUGUCCCUUCGUAUUUACUUUAUACUUAAUCGAACUCAUUCCUUGUUGGCAAAUUUGAUGGACUGCACUCGCUGUUAUCGAUCAAAAUGUCACAAGAAUAAAUAAUCAAACUGUCUCGAACUGUUGGUGGAUCUUUACUUUUUGUUUCUAAAAUUAUUUUUUAUGUAACACAGAAUUAACUACAUUUCACAUUUUAAGAUUUUCGUAAAGGUUAAAGUACAGUGUAAACUCAUAUAACGAAAUUUAAUGAACUGAGUAUUUUAUUACGUUAUUGAGAGUUUUCGUUAAAUGGAAGAUAGAAAAUAUAACAUAAGUUUCUCUUACAGAUAAAUAAUCUUAAAUAUCUACUUGAUCACAUGUGUCAAAAUAUUUACAAAUAUAGUUAUAACACUCACAAGUGUAGGUAAGCAAUUAAUAACAAAUGCUAGACAAUAAAACCAAUCGAUAGAACUGUUCUUAUUAAUUUCGGCAACUUAGGUAUCGUUUUCAACCGGACAAUUUUUUUCGCUAUUGCGUAUAUCAUUGUAUGGGUAAUAAAGUAAACCAACUAAGCACAUGUAAUUUCUACGCAUUGGGGAGUUACUCAUUGAAUAUGUGCUUGUUAUAUGGAGUUUACAUUCUGAUUGUUUAGAUCAGGGGUGACUAACCCGAUUCAUCAUAGUUUUAUAAAAUAUGUUUAUUUUAUAAUUGCCAAACUAAGGAAAACCAAUGUAUCGAAAAAAAAAAACAUUACUCGUAUAUCCAUAUUUAAAAAUUAACUGCCGAAAUUAUGAGAAAAAAACAAUAUUUUUGUGAAUAUAUGACAAAUAUUGCCUAUUUUAUUAAUGACAUUACAGUUAUGAUUUCAAAAAAAUGCCUACAGUGGAUAUGGAGAUCUAUAAUUUUAUAUGCGGCCCGCGGAGUCGUUAUUUAUUUCCAAAAAUGAUCAUUUAAGUUGACUACUCCUGGUUUAGAUAAUAAGACCAUUAUUAAGAAUGGGAGAAAGAGGCGUAAAAUAAAUUAACUAAAUUCUAACUUUCUCAUAGGAGCAGCAAAACAAAGCAAAAAUUACUCCAUAAUUUUUUUAACUACGUUUCCACCUAAAACACUUUGUUCUACAAAGUCAUCUCUACCACUACAGCUAUUCCCACCUCUUAUCGAUUGUUUAAAUCUUUAAACUUAAACAAUAGUUAAAUUCAAAAUUUUUGGCAUUCACGACAAAAAUUAAAAUUGAUUAUUGUACUUUUUCAACAUUUUCAACGACGUAUCAAAGAGUAAAGACACAAUAACAGAUAUAUAAUAUAUCGAAUAGAAAAUAAGAAAAAACUAUGCCGGCUGCGGCUAUUGUUCCUUUUAUUUUAACGGAAAACAAAAAUGGCAUUGCAAUCUCUAGCAAAUCAAUGAGAUUGCAAACAUCACAUGUAACCGAAAUGAAAAUCUCAUUAGUUUAUUUUUACAGCAAUUUCAUCUCAUAAAAUGUUGAUAUUUGGUAUAGUUUUUAAGCAGGUAAGCAAUAACUUGUGAAAAUGUUUACCUUAGUAAAAUUUGUGUAGUAUAUCUGACAUUUCGUCUAUUGUUCUAAUUAUCUUUUAACUUCGUAUUGGGGAAAAGAAAUGCAGAAACUGAAUCCAAGCAUACUUACCAAGAAUUCCGAGAUGAAAUGCCCGUUUCGAAGGACUACAAGAGAGUGAAAACAACCACAUGACAGUGAUAUUAAUCAAAUUUUCUAAAAAAGUGUUUAUUAUUUUUUUCCUUUUACUAUUCUAAUACAAUAUUAAGGAUUAGUCCCAUGGUUAAACAAAUAUUUUGAUGGUCAAACUUGUAAAUUUUUUGUAUAAAGGUAAUGAAUAAAAACAAAAAUUUUUUGUAAAACUUAUCAAAUUCACUGUUGUGUGGACUAUUUUCAGUCUUCCUAGUCCUAAUCUAAAAUUUACAAAAUGAAACUACUAAAAGUAUGUAUUAGUAUUAUUAUGCAGCUUGUCACUGCUAAUUAAAAAGUAUUAAACAUUAUUCGUACUUAAGUCGAGUUUGACAUUCAUCAACAGUUAAUUAAAUUAGUCAAUCUGUUAUUGCCGUAGAAAUAAAAUAAUGUAACAGAAAACGUUUAUGUAGAACUAAACCCAACUUUGUGAUUGUAAAUAGGCGUUUUAUUUGUAGCCAGUUUAUGUAUAUAAUGUACAAUGUAAAUUUUAUAGUUACUGAAAUGUUUGUAAAUUAUAACUAUUUAUGUAAUAUAUAUUUAUGGUGAUAAAUUUUAUUUGAUAAUAAAUAAAACAUUUUUACAAUAGCUUCUUCUCCAUGUUGACAAAUCGAAAGGUAUCAACGCUUCGUCUAUUAAAAAAAUGGAUCUCAGAACAGUUACUUUAGCAAAAUUUCAAUCUAGGAAUUGAAUUAAAUAACUAGAUAAUAAAAAUUAUGUUUAAUAAAAAUUUUUA